AUGUGGACACUAAUCUGUGCGUUCCUCUUGCUCAUUGCGCAGGUGAUUCGUGGGAAUGCAAGAGAAAGGAUAUUUCAACAGGAAAUACAUUCCCUGAUACGUGAACUGCAAGACCAGCUCGACAUAUUAAGUGAUGAGAUUUAUCAGGAGAGACAAGAGUUUAUGGCUCUGUGGAACAUCUACCUUUCGAAAUGUCGAACUCAUCCGAAAAGGAGAACUACAGGGAAAUUCGAGGAAAUACAGCUAUUGAAAGCUGACAUAGACCAGUAUGAUUCUAAUCUGAAAGUUCUAGAGAAGAAACUUGAAAACGCUAAGUAUGCAUUUAGGUCAGAGGAGGAGAUGGUUGGUGUUAGAACACGACUGUCUGAGUUAGACAGGCACAGGCACCAGUUGACGUACUACCUGCAGAAGGAGAAGGAGUACCCGCUUAAACUGUCGGACGAGGCUGAACGACUGAGACAUGAGAUAUUCUUCCUCACACACGUGGGAGACCAGAAGCUGGACAACAUGCAGCCCAAACCCAUCCAGUGGAUACCGGUUCGCUUCCGGCCGGAACUUUCAAACCAGCCUAAAGCACUUCUUGAAGUCAAGAUUAAAGCGUGUACGCCAUUUGAGGUUGAGUGCGAAAUCCAGGAUAUCACCGCACUCAGUGACUAUUCCUUCAUUGUGACCUACUUUCAACAUAAAGUUCUGCGUCACUUCCGGAGAGACGGCCUCCUCCUGGGGGAACUGAGCUUCCCGUGGUACAUGCGCGGGUCUCUGGCGUUAAACGCAUCCCACGCUUUGGUUGGCGUUCCCCAGAACAAAACCAUCAUGAUACUGUCAUUCAACCGCAAUAUAGAAGCCAAAGUCCACGUUAAAUUUGACACAGAGUGUGGAUGGGAUAUUGAUGUGUUAGACGACUAUUACAUCAUUCUCUGCCACAGACCCAAUUCCAUCAGAGUCUACACAAAAGAAUGGCACUGGGUUCGUAUGAUCUGGAAGGAUUCGCAAAAAGAGGUCCUCAGUAAUCCUUGGUUCUUGACAGUGAAUCCUGUCAGACGACAAAUUAUGGUUUCGGAUUCAAACUAUACGGGGGUGUCGAGCUUUGAUGAGUACGGAAACCUUCUCUGGACAACUCAGGAAAUAGAUACAGCUAGUCCUCGAGGGAUGGUCGUGGAUCCUAACGGUGACUGGCUAGUUUGUGACGAGUCUGGGGAUGUCGUUAAUAGACUGUCGCCCUCAGGAACGUACAUAGAAGAGGUGUUUCAAGUGAAGUCGCCACGAGCUUUAACAUGGAUGGUAAAUCGUGAAAAUUCAGGUGUUUAUCAGGACAGACUUCUUGUUGGUUCUACGUCUGGCUUUAUCUAUGUAGCCCGUCUUCGGUAAUAAAGGUUCAUAUUAUGAUACACAAGUUAAAUGUUGCUAAGUCGAUUGUUUGAAGAUGUUUAUAAUAAAUAUAUUCAUGUAAUGAA